AUGGAAUCGUGGGCCUUUUUUACAGGGGUCCCAGGACCACAGAGAGUCCUGAAAGCUCUUACCGGUAGCCUGGGACUUUCCUCAUUGACAGAAUUGUACAACCCGACGACAGAAGUUACCACACACCGAACAUGCGCCAAAGAAGAAGUGAGCUGUCAAACCCGGUACAGCGGCCAGGACACUUGCUGCUUCAACUACCCUGGUGGACAGUUGCUUCAGACGCAAUUCUGGGAUACUGAUCCUGCUCUUGGGCCUGAUGAUUCUUGGACUAUUCAUGGACUCUGGCCGGACCAUUGCGACGGUGGCUUUGAUCAGUUUUGCGAUUCGAGGAGACAUUACAAUAACAUCUCGUUGAUAUUGGUGGAUUCAGGCCGGAGGGACCUUCUGGAGUAUAUGGACGUCUACUGGAAGGACUUCAAAGGAGACGAUCUAGAUUUGUGGGUUCAUGAAUGGAACAAGCAUGGUACCUGUAUCAGCACAUUGGAGACCCGCUGCUACGACGAGUAUUACCCGCAGCAGGACGUUGUGGAUUAUUUCGACAAGGCGGUUGAGAUCUUCGGGGAAUUACCUUCAUAUAAGUUCCUCGCCGACGCCGGAAUCGUUCCAUCCCAUACGAAAACCUACACUUUGGCUGAGAUUGAGGAUGCUCUUGCAAAGGGCCACGGAAGCGACGUUACCGUUAGAUGCCACAGCCAUUCUUUGAAUGAGAUUUGGUAUCAUUUCAAUGUCGCCGGUACUCUGCAGACGGGUGACUUUGUUCCCUCCUCUCCAGAUGGUCUGAAGUCCAACUGCCCUACAAAGGGCGUCCGUUACCAGCCCAAGAGGUCUCAACCAGAGCCAACCAAUACAGCAACGAAGACCGCAAGACCAACCGCUACUCCUGGUAUCCCAUUCCAAGGACAGGGCAAUCUGAAGGUCUCGACUCAAGGUUCGGGACGGGGUUGUAUAAUCAGCUAUGGCACCUGGUUCUCAUCUGGAACCUGUGCGACGUUCAGAGGAGAGAAAGUCAGGGAUGGCACAUUCACCUUGACAUCAAGCAGGGGGAAAUGCUCCUUCGAACAGGAUAUUCUGACCUGUGGAGCACACAUCGACAACCCAAUGGAAUUCGAGAUGAUCGACGGAAAACUCGCCUACAACGGAAACACAACGUUCUAUGCGGACAAGCCACCCAAGGGCUACACACAGAGUGAUGUCUUCGCUACUCAGGGAGAGCAUCCGGUUGAGCUGGAUAUUACCUGGAAGGAGCGCGAGUGA